GGGCAAGCACCAUCAGCCAGCAGAUAAUGCCAGCGACGGCACAGCGGAUCAACCAGGAGGCAAUGUUCGGCCGGAUGACGGCGACGCGGACAGUGACCUUCGUGAUGGAGGCCGAGACCAAGGUCGAGGCAGAGAUUCCGAACUUCAAGGCGCUGUGCAAUAACAAGCUCAUAGUGCAGGUGGUGGCAGAAUCACUCGAGACGAUGUCCAGUGGCGACAGCGCAGUGCGCAAAAAGGAGUGGGGCAUGGUGCUCGACUGCCGCAACGAGAAGGUGAUGUAUCUAGACGAGCAGCCGCCAGAGUGGAUCGACAUGGAGACGAAUGAGAAAGGCCAUGUGAUCAUCGAUCUGCUCAGCUUCCCGUCUGGCGUGCAAGCGGCAAAGGAAACGGACUUCUUCGUGACCAGCAGUUACGGCGACGCCGGAAGCGAGAAUGCGGAGACCGCGACGUUCAAUGCGAAGCAGCUGGAGGAUUGGGUCGCAGAGACCAACCGCGCUUUGGACAGCAAGCCGAAGACUAAGGUGGAGAAGUUUACGUUGGAGACAGGGUGGGACUUCGCGAACGGCUCGCGUCGCAAGGCAUUCAUGCGGGGGCUGGCGAAGAAGAGGCCCGAGGCGUGGUGCGGCAUGGCGGGCUACGACGCGUUCGUGGACCAGUGCGCCUACGGACUCAUGGAGUGCAAGGAGAAACCCGUGAGUCUCGAGGGUCGACGCAACGUGCGUAGCGUGGAGAACUACCCGAGGAAGGUGGCAUUCCAGGCGGCGAUCUGCAUCGUGGGCGAUCCGCAGAACGAGGCCGGCUACGCGGUGGAAGAGAUGGCCCGUGAGGGUCUCGACGAGACCGAGUGCAGGAUUGCGUGGGAGGCGCUGCUGGAGAGGUUCACCAUCGAGGAGGUCAAGUGGGCAGUGCAACUACAUGUCCAGCUGGGCCAUCCCUCGAGCGAGGCGUUCGCGGCAGCGUUGAGGGAGAUGAACGCGGGCGACCGACUGAUCAGCUGUGCGAGGAUAUACAUAUGCGAGACAUGCCUCAAGCGGCAGAGGCCGAAGUCAGUGCGAGUCGCCCGCGUCCCGCGGUGUCGAGGAUUUAACGGCGCCGUGGAUGUCGACGCGUUCCGCGUGGCGUGGAAGAUCAGGCGCAAUGUGAUAUUCGCCAUCGUGGACGAGAGCUCAAGGUUCGAGGUCGAUGCAGCGGCGAAGGGCGAGGCGACGCGCGCCGAGACCCGGGCGUUCGAGAAACAUUGGAUCAUCAGGGCCGCGGCGCCGGCCAAGAUUCGAGCUGGCCAGAGUAGCGUGCGCGUGAGUGGCGAGUUUAUGGGGUGGUGCGACGGUCGGCAGAUCGAGCUGCAGCUGAUAUCAAGGGAUGCUCAUCCUCGACUCGGCGUACUCGAGCGGAAUCAUCAGGUGCGACGGGAGCAGAUAGCACGAUGUCGUGGAUAUCAUCCUGCGGAUAGCUUGAAGCUUGCGGCGCGCAUGACCUGCGACGCGCGCGGCCAGCUGCGCGACGUCAAGGGCUUCGCGUCAUCGCAGCGGGCGCUAGGAAGACAGCCAAAUAACCUGGGCAGCCUGGCCGACGAGCCGACAACUACAGGCGACCUCGGCGACCGCGACAAGGAGUUCUACCGCAACCUGGCGCGCGGGCGGGCCGCGGGCAAGUCUUUUCUGGCGGCGAGCGUGGCGAGGGCAGUUCGGGGGGUGCUGGCGGCCAAGAACUGGCCCCCCUCGAGAGAGUUCCAGGCUGGUGAGCGGGUGUACUUCUGGAGGCGCGACAAAGGCGAGCGCGACCUCAUCGAGAGCUUCUGGGGCGGGCUGGCGAUGAUCGCGCAGGGGGAUUGCGAGGACGAGCUUUUCCCCAUGCAGAUGGAUAUGAAGGGCGUCGACGCCGACGGCCAGGUGGAGGCGACCGAGGCGGAUCGACACGGCGAGCGCCGCGAGGGCGAGCAGAGCGACGACGGCAACCGAGACGCGGAGGGCCCAGAGGUGGGGCGCGAGAAGGCGCCGGCUGGAUCAGGUCCUGAGUUGCUGGGCGCCGUCGACGCGGCAAGAAAGGGCCCGGUGGAGGGAACCAGGCUAAGUUUAGGCGGGCGGAGGCAGUUCGACGAGGCGAAGACCAAGGCGCUGCAGCCAUGGGUCGAGAACCAAGCGUGGCAGGCAGUUGGGGAGAUCGUGGCGGGCGCUGGAGAAGUGCCCCCCAUGCGUUUCCUGCUGAAGUGGAAAAUGAAGGAUGGAGUGAAAGAGGCCAGCGCGAGAGUGACCCUACAAGGCUUUCACCUGGAAGAGGUGGCCAACAUGGCGAAGCUCAGGGCGCGGCGAACGCGGGCCGGGGUCGAGAUCUUGCAGGUCAAUGAGGAGCUGCGGGAGUUCGGAGGUGUACGGGGAUGGACCGACGCGCAUCAGCAGAUGGUGGACGGUCUUGCGAAGCUACAGGUGCGGCAGCAGUUAGUGGAGAAGCUGAGAAGGAUGACGCGCGCGCUCAAGUGCGACGCGACCGCGACGUUCGCGGCAGGCAAGAGGCCGACCAGGGACGCGCGACGUCGACUGGCGAAGAUGAUUGGCCUGCAGGACGAUGAGAUCCUGCACGUGCUGAAGCCCGUUCUGAGAAACGUGCGAGCCCCUAGGCAGUGGAAUCAGACGAUCGCGGGGGUCAUGCUCGAGAUUGGCAUCCUGCAGCACGCGCUGGACAUGGCGGGCGCCGACCAGCGCUACGUGGUGGGCGGCGUGCUUUGGCUGCGCAUGGGCGACUUCGUCGGCGUCGGCGAGAACUUCGAGCGCGAGGCGUGCGAGGGCACCUUCGUGGGCCGGGUGCAGGGGCUCGGCCGGAGGUUCAAGUUCGGCAAGUGGGAGUUCUCGAUCACUAUCUCUUUCUGUGGCAUCGAGAACGCGCCGUCGUUUUCACGCGAUGAGAUUGAGGUGAAGGCCGAGGCCUACAUGCACGAGGUGAAGCCGAUUAGCGCCGAUAAGACGAGGGCGACGCAUCCAGGCGACCCGUGCGCGCCGAAGGAGAUCACGUCCCAGUGCACGGUGCUGGCGGCGGCGACGGUAUCGUUCGCGCAGGGCGACGUCAGCAAGGCGACGGUCGGUAGCUUGCUGGAGGCCAAGAAGUGGCUGAGGUUCCUGAAGGUGAGUGGCGAUGUGGGGAUCCGCAUCAAGUGCGUGGGGGCCUGGGGCAAGCUGAGGCUUCGAGUCUUCUGGGGCGCGUCCUGGGCUGCGAGGCCAAAUGGCGAAUCGCAGGGCGGCUACGUGAUUUCCGUGAUCGAGGAUGCCAGGAUCGACGACGGACAGCCGACGCAGCUGGUGAUUGUAGAUUAG